GAACUUGGGAGCUCUCGCUUGUUUUCGGCCCAUCUUCCCAUCGCAUCAUAAUCCAAGUCGAAACACAAAACACUGAGCACGACACCGCACGCUUCCACCAAAUUUCCGCGAUCGCAAUCCCCGCGACAAAUCGCCGGCAAGAUGCCAAAAUUCUUCUGCGACUACUGCGAUGUCUACCUCACGCACGACUCCAUGAGCGUGCGUAAAGCCCACAACAGCGGCCGCAACCAUCUACGCAACGUCGUCGACUACUACCAACAAAUCGGCCACGAAAAAGCCCAAUCUGUAAUCGACUCCAUCACCUCAUCCUACGCCGCCGAAGGCCAAGCCCACGCCAACCCGAUGCUCCCUCACAACCAACCCGGCGGCGGCAGCGCCUUCGGUCUUGGACCCAGCGGCAUGUCGUCCAUCCCGCCACCGAUGCCAGGCAUGCCCCCACUCCCAGGAAUGCCCGCGGGUGCGCCGCCUACGUUUCCCUUCCCUCCUCCGCCGUUUCCCGGUGCCGCGCCGCCGGGUGGCCCUGCGAGUCCUGCCGGAGGCGCGCCGCCGUUUCCACUCCCAGGGUUCCCUGCUCCCCCUGGCGGCGCUGCAGGACGGGGUGGAGCGCCGCCUCCAUUCCCUGGUGCGUUCCCGCCGCCGGGCGCGCCUGGUGGGCUGCCGUUCCCUCCGCCUCCGGGUGGCGGUGCGUUUCCUGCUUUCCCGCCUCCGCCGGGUGGGUUUCCUGGGGAGAAGCGGUAA